AUUAAUUCUUUACAAACGCUGUCCCUGUUACUGUGAACAUUAUAUAAACACCUCCCUCGAGCCAAAGAAAGAGUAUCAAGGAACACAGAAAUAAAAUAAAAACAGAGGAAAACAAAAAAGAGUUAGCAGAGAGAUAAAGAGAUGAAGAUGUUUUCCAAGUUCAAAUCUCUUUCACGAACAGUCCAUGAAGAGCAGGAGCAAGAGCCUAUGGAGCAAACUACAUACCCCAGGAUCAGAAACGAAGGAAAAAGCGUGUGCUGCACCACAUCCCUAACCGUUUGGAGAAAAUCCUUGUUAAUCAGUUGCAAUGGAUUCACAGUUAUUGAUUCUAAUGGAAAUCUGGUUUAUCGAGUUGAUAACUACAUGGGCCGCACUGACCAAAUCACUCUCAUGGACGCCUCAGGAAAAUCCAUCCUCACCAUGUGCCGCCGCAGGAAGCUUGGAUUGUUAGUUAGCUGGUUUAUGUAUGAAGGUGAAAUGGGGAACAAGAGUAGAAGGAGGUCCACGUCAUCAGAAUCUGAGAGUCCAAUUUGCUGUGUGCGGAAGCAUUUUAAUAUUCUAAAAGGCGGCAACGUUCAGGCGUGCGUGUACCGUACGGAUAAACGGCGGUGUGCGGCGUUUGUGGUGGAGGGUUCAUACGCGAACCGGACAUGUAAGGUGAUGGAUGAAAGCAGAAGGGUUGUGGCUGAAAUUAAGAGGAAGGAAGCUGAUACCAAACAUGUCUCCUUUGGGGUAGACAUUUUUCAGUUGAUUGUGUACCCUGAUUUUGAUCCAGGAUUUGCCAUGGCACUUGUUUUGCUCCUUGAUCAAAUGUUUGAGUAACUGUGUUGUUCAUGUGCUCUUCAUACUUCAUGUAUUGUUAAUAUUUUUGGAUGAAAUGAAGUUAGUGUGUGCCUGCGAGAUCAAUUCUAAUAGAGUAUAAUCAAUUUUGGAUGAAAUAUGAAUGUUUAAAUG